AAGAAACCGAAGCAGUUGGUCACGAGUUAUGGACAGAACACAAAGAUGGGCUGCACCUGCAGCCAAACCUAAACUUGACCAGUUUGCAGGACCAUGCGACGCAGCGGUUGACAAGUGGUGGCGGCCCAGAUAACGAAGAUCGUCCUCCACGCUACAAUGUGACAUCCGGACUCGGAGGCCCGCAGUCCAAGAGGUACCCCAUCAAUGGUCCGUGGGUCGAAGCUUUCGUGCGCCCCUCACAAUUGAAGGGACAUCUUGCCCUUCUCUGUGCUUUUCACGAGCUCAAGACGGCGGUGCAGCAAGGUAAUGAUGAGAUGACACCCGCUCUCAUACAGAAGAUGGAUCCAGCGGGGAGAUGGGGAUGGUUCGUGAACUUGGCUGUCGAACGAAUCGAGCGCUGGUGUCUCACCCUCGAGGAUAAUGGCUCUGGUGAUAUGGUACAUCUUCCCCCAAAUGACGUCGUGAUGGUAUGGCACUCUUAUUUGCUUAAUUCUUAUAAGUACGCCGAGGAUACUACACGUAUAAGCCAACUCGGGCGUCUAGUGAAGUAUACCGAGAAGAUGGAUGCGUUUCUUGGUUCUCCCGAUCUUCUGACGACCGAGAAUCCACCUCCAGAGCGUAUCCAAUGGUGGGAGCAACAGACUCGCACGCCAUAUGCGCCGGCCGACGCGAUCGCUGAGCUGACGCACAAGUAUGUUCAGUGUCCGCGAUGCUUCGCUCAAGUCACUGUCCCGUUCGUUACUCCGCAGGGAACAGGCUAUGCACAGAGCAAAUUCAGUCACAAAUGUGAGCGAUGUGGCCAUGAGGUUGACAACGCAUCACUUGGCCUUGCCAAGCUCGUGUGGAAUAUCGUCGAGUCAAAAUCUCCAGACAAAUACCUUGCGAGAACUGUCAUGACCCCUACUGCUAUCAAGGACGAGGGGCUCGCAACGCGCAUUAAGGACCGCGUUCUUGCUGCAAAUCCGGUGCGACGGGUGCUCGACCCGGGAGCGCGACUCGCUAGACAUGAUGCCGAGUACUUCGCGCGUGAAAUACUUCUGAAUGUUAAUUGGUCAUCUCAAAAUCUAUACACUGCCAUGAGCCCCCAGGUUUUACCUCGCAUGCGUACCCUCAUAUCAAGUGCCUACACAGACGAUCGUGUUUUUUCGCUCGACCUUGUGGGUGCGGUGCUACGCCAAGGGUCGUUUAUACAGAAGAUGCACGACCUUGAAUGGACAACGCCGGGUUUCUUUGACUAUGGGGAGGACUACCUGGUGCUAGAGCAUUGUGUUGCUCGAUAUCACGCGUUCUUGGGACUCAUGGCUGAGUCCCCAGAAUUGUUCUUCGUGCCCACACUCGAUAUCGACCUCGCAUGGCACACCCAUCAACUCAUGGCCACAACUUAUCAGCAGAACUGCAGGAGAUACAUCAAGCGAUAUGUUGACCACGAUGACAAGGUGGAAGAAAAUAGCCUCGCCAACUCCUUCGAUGACACAUGUCGCGUAUGGCAAGACAAAUACCACGUGCCGUACAUGCACUGCGGCUGCCCUCUCCCCGGCAACACCAUUGGCCAGAAACUCAAGCGCCUCGUGAACCGAAAAG